UGCCAAUGGGGCCUCCUUCAAAAUACCAAAGGAAGUCUUCUGCAACUAGAGCGGGAGUGGAUCAUCCACCGCUACCAAUGUUAAAGGUUCUAUAGAUAUCUAUUUCCCACAACUACCCAAUGAAAAAAGAAAACUUGGAGCCGUUGAUUUAGCAUCUUCUAGGAAGAUUUUAAGGGACCGCGCCGUAUCCGCUUUUGCGAGGUGGAUGUAUGACGCAGGCCUCCCUUUUAAUUGUGUUAAUUACUCUGAGAGUUUUGGUGAAUUUAUUGAAGCAGUAGGCCAGUAUGGUCCGGGAAUGAAGCCUCCAACGUAUCAUGAAGUCAGAGUUCCUUGUCUAAAAAAUGAGGUGGAGAAAACAAAUAAGAUUGUUGAGACUCAUAAGGUUUAGUGGAAAAAUUAUGGAUGUUCCAUUAUGAUGGAUAAAUGGACUGCCAAAAAUGGAAAAAUGGUAAUCAAUGUUUUGGUGCAUUCUCCGAUGGGGAGUGUAUUCCUUGAAUCUCAUGAUGCUAGUGACUCUACUACUGAUGCUACUAAAAUGUUCAAAUUGUUUGAGAAUACAAUCUUGAAAAUUGGGAAGGAAAAUGUGGUGCAAGUUGUGACUAAUAAUGCAAGUGAGAAUAAGAAAGUGGGUGAAUUGUUGAAGGGAGUGUACCCGCAUAUUUGCUGGACUCCUUGUGCUGCUCACUGUAUCAACUUAAUGUUUGGUGACAUUUUCAAGGAAGCCCCAUAUUCUACAGUUUUUGCUGAGGCUGUUAAGAUUCAUUCUUGUAUCAGUCAAAGGGCAUUAUUGUUGAACAUGAUGAGGAGAUACACAAACCAAAGAAAUCUGGUAAAACCUGCGAAGACAAGGUUUGCAACAACUUUUUUGACUUUGUAUAGUUUUUAUAUACAAAAGAAAAAUUUGCGAACCUUGUUCAUGUCAAUUGAAUGGAAUGCGAGUAUCUAUGCAAAGGAAGCUCUUGGGAAAGAAAUUACUAGACACAUCAUUAGUCCUUCUUUUUGGAAUGACACUGUAAAAGCACUUAAAGUUGGUGGUCCUCUAGUUACUGUACUUCGUUUGGUGGAUGGAGAGAAAAAACCACCAAUGGGCUACAUUUAUGAAGCCAUGGAUAGAGCAAAAGAAAAUAUUGAAAAGACAUUUGAUUAUGAUAAAAGGAAAUAUGAGAAGGUUUUUGAAAUUAUUGAUGCAAGGUGGAUGGAUCAACUUCAUCAACCUUUGCAUGCAGCGGCACAUAUUUUGAACCCCGGGCUCUAUUAUAAAAAUAGUGAGAUGAAGGCUUUGGAUGAAAAAGUGUGGCUGGGAUAUCAUGCAUGUCUUGAAAGGAUGGUCCCAAAUAAAGUUUUAAUAGACAAAAUAGGGGAGGAGCUUGGUAGAUACAUGAAAGCUGAUGGGCUACUUGGAUUGGAAUCAGCCAUUAGAGCUAGAACCUUAAGGUCACCAGUUGAAUGGUGGAUGCAAUAUGGCCAUGACGUCCCAAACUUGCAACAGUUUGCUAUUAGAGUUCAAAGUUUAACUUGUAGCUCAUCUGGUUGCGAGAGAAAUUGGAGCGUGUAUGAACAUAUUCACACUAAAAAGAGGAAUAGGCUUGAGUUGAAACGCCUCAAUGAUCUAGUGUUCAUCAAAUAUAAUAGAACAUUGGUGCGUCGUUACAAUGCUCGUGAUACCAUUGAUCCAAUUAUGUUGGAUAAUGUUGAUGAUGCAAAUGAAUGGUUAACGGGAGUCCUUUCAAAUCAUGAAGAUGAAGAAGUAUAUGAAGGAGAAUAUCUCACUUAUGGCCAUGUUGCUUCAGCAAGUGGUGUUGAGGAAAGUGUUUAUGGUCUUAGGAGUAGUACUUUAAGGGGCAAGGAAAAAGCAGGUUCAAGUAAAACCCUUGUUGAUGAGGCUUCUGAUGAUGUAGAAGAUAUUGUUCAAGAUAAUAGUGUGAUGACACUUCAGGAGUUUGAAGAUCUUGUUGAGGAAUAGGAUGUAGAAUAGAAGUUCUAAACUUUUCCCUGAUUGUAGGUUUCUCUAUUUGUAUUGGUUGAUUAAGACACUAGAUUGAUUUUUAGUAUUUUACUAGUUUGCUUGAAUGCUUGUUAUGACUAUCUAUUCUUUUUUUAAUUUGAGUAUUGAAUGAUUGUGUUAUUUAUUGAGCUCUUGGUUAUUUAUUUAUGCAUUGUUUAAUAUUUUUAAAUUUUGUACUAAAUAGCGCUUUAAUAAAAAAAAGCGUGCGCUUCGCUUCACGCUUCUCGCUUCUGCGAAGCGAGCCCACGUCGUUUUUUUUCGCCUCUCGCUUUUCAAAACACUGGUCUAGUCACUGUGAGAUAAUUCAACUUUUCAACCAACCGUCUAUACCUUCCAGGAUCAUUGAGUGGCUCCCCGUCCCGGCAGAAGUUUAGCAUUUGGAUCCAUAGGAGUGUCAAUGGGUCGACAUCCCAUCAUUCCUGUUUCCUCAAGAAUGUCUAAAGCAUACUUGCGUUGAGAAAUAACAAUACCUGAGCUGGACUGAGCAACCUCAAUACCUAGAAAGUAUUUUAAUCUGCCAAGAAAGACCGGAAAUGCUGAAAGAGAUAUUGCUUCAAGUUAGUGAUACCAUCUUGAUCAUUGCCGGUGAUAACAAUAUCGUUAACAUAAACCACAAAAUAAAUACACAGAUUUGGUUCAGAAUGGCGAAAAACACUGAGUGAUCAGCUCCACUACGAAUCAUGCCAAACUCCUGAAGAACUGUGCUAAACUUUUCCGACCAGGCUCGAGGGGAUUGUUUCAAGCCAUAGAGUGACUUGCGCAAUUGACAUACAAGGCUACUAGAAUCCCUCUAAGCAACAAAACCAGGUGGUUGCUCCAUAUAAACUUCUUCUUCAAGAUCACCAUGCAGAAAAGCAUUCUUAAUGUCCAACUGAUAAAGAGUCCAAUGACGAACGACUACCAUAGAGAGGAAAAGACAGACUGAUGCUAUUUUAGCCACGGGAGAGAAAGUGUCACUAUAAUCAAGCCCAAAUAUCUGUGUAUAUCCUUUGGCAACAAGGCAAGCCUUCAGCCGAUCAACCUGACCAUCUGGACCAACUUUGAUUGUAUAAACCCAAUGACAACCAACAGUAGAUUUACCUGCAGGUAGGGAAACAAGCUCCCAAGUACCACUCGUAUGUAAAGAAGACAUCUCAUCAAUCAUAGCCUGUUUCCAUCCUGAAUGGGAAAGUGCUUCACCUGUAGUCUUAGGAAUGGAAAUAGAUGACAAAGAUGAUACAAAAGUAUAAUGGGGUGAUGACAAACGAUGAUAACUCAAGAAAGUAUAAUGUGGGUUAGCAUUACGAGUGGAUCUUAUACCUUUUUGAAGUGCAACUGAUCGACUAGGAAGAGGCAGGUCCGCAGUAGGGGAAGCGUCCGGCGCAGGACAUGAAUCAUCUGUGACUGUGACUGAUACUGGACGUGGGCGGCGGUGAUAAGUCAAAAGUGGUGGCACUGUAGCUGGAGAUGGAGAAGUAACCGUAGAUUCUUCAAAAAUUGGUGUGGCUAAGACUGGAGGUAUGGGUAAAACCUCAGAGAUAUUAAGAUGAUCAAAAGAUGUAUAGUAAGGUUGAGAUUCAAAGAAUGUGACAUCAACGGACAUAAGGUAGCGACCUAGAUCAGAUGAAUAGCAUCGAUACCCUUUUUGAACUCUAGAGUGAUCAAGGAAGACAUAUUUGAGAGCACGAGGGGCUAAUUUAUCUUUUCCUGGGACUAAGUUAUGAACAAAACAUGUGCUCCCAAAAACACGAGGGGGGAUACAAUAGAGAUGUGACUGAGGAAAUAAUAUGGAAUGGGGAACCUUAUUCUUGAUCGAAGAUGAUGACAUUCUGUUAAUGAGAUAGCAAGUUGCGAGGACCGCAUCGCCCCAAAAAUGCAGUGGAACAUGGGAUUCAAUGAGAAGAGUGCGAACAGUCUCAAUGAGAUGCCUAUUUUUUCUCUCUGCUAUACCGUUCUGCUGAGGGGUAUAUGGACAUGAUGUUUGGUGAAUGAUUCCUUGAUGAGUCAUAAACUCUUGAAUCUGGGAGGAUAAGUAUUCUAAGGCAUUAUCAUUACGAAAAGCACGAAUAGAAACACCAAAUUGAUUUUGUAUUUCAGCACAAUAACUUUUGAAUAUAGAGAAUAACUCGGAACGAUCUUUCAUUAAGUAAACCCAAGUACAUCGGGUGAACUGACUCUACUAAGACUCCAAAUAUCGGAAUGAACUAAUGAGAAAAUAGACUCUGAGCGACUCUCAAUACUAUGUGAAAAUGUAGCACGGGUGUGUUUUCCAAGUUGACAUAACUCACAAUCUAAUGUGGAUAGACUAACAAACUAGGCCUUGUGAUUCAUGUCCUAUGCCAAUUGUCUUUUGGCAUGUCCAACUCCUUUUGGCUCUGUUCAAAUUCCAUUAGCUAAAGUAAUAGCUGGAAGAGAUUGUGAAUAAAUAAUAUCAGACAAAAGUGAUUUAUCACCAGAAAUAUGAUCAGAAGCACCUGAGUCCACAACUCAUGAUCCAAAGCUAGGAGAUUGUGCGGUUGAGGCUAUUGGCAGAAAUAUAUGCUUAUUUGCUCGAUACUGAAGAUACUUAUUAUAUUCCUUGCCAGAUAAAUACACCCGUUGAUUAGAUUGAGCAAUAUGAGCAUUUUUAGUUGGUCGACCAGGUAAAGAAUAGCAUAUUCCACGUGUAUGUCCAAGCCUUACAAUAACUACACUUAGGUCGAGAAUAACAUACGCCAUGAGUAUGUCCAAGCCUUUUACAAUAACUACACUUAGGACGCGAUCUUUCAAAUCGACCUUCCCCUCAUCAAUUCUUCAUGGACUGUGACGUUUGAUUUUCGGAUCUUCUCAUUAAGGGCUCAGAUUUAGUCAUAGGACUUGAACUUCCAAUUUCAAUAUUUUUGGAGCCAAAAAAUAUCAUGCCCAAAAGAUAUCUUGAGAAUUUGACUUGAAAAUACCAAGAAACAGUUUUGGAAAUCUGGAAAUUUGAACUUGUAGUCUUUUUUAUUUUUUUUGCCGGAACCCUAAUUUCGGCGGUCGGAAUUUUUCAAAAGUCGUCGGAAUCUGAAAAAAAAAGAGGUCAGAUCGUAAUAGAACGGCGACCCCAACAAAAAAGGAACCACUCAAAAAAAAAUUUAACCGGAGAAGUCUCACGUGCCGGCGCGUGAUUGAUGUUGCCGAAUUUUCGGCAGGCGCAUGGGGACGCGUGGAGGGUGAUUUUCUAGUGGUGUUGGUCGGAUUUGUGUCGCCUGAGCUUUCCGAUCCUCUUGGUGGUGUUGUAUUUAUCACACAACCCACAAAAUAAAAAAUGACACAAAUCAGUCACCGAAAUUGACGAUGGUGACUAGUUUUUUUUUUCUGAAGUUUCUCACCAACUCUCUGAUACCAUGUGAGAAUUAAUAGAGAAAAUAUUAUUGAAAAUUGUGUCUCUAAAUUAUUACAUUGAGACCCUAUUUAUAGACACUACAUUCCAAUCCUAUUCCUAAUAGGAUACUACAUUACAAUCUCUUUCUAAGUAGAAUUCUAUAUGCUAUUCCUAUUCAUAUUCUACCAAAACCUAUUGAUACCCCUAUGGAUACUAAACUCCUACCAGGAUAGGAGGAGCCACUCAAUGAUCUUGGAAGAUAUAAGCGUCUAGUUGGUAAGUUGAAUUAUCUCACAGUGACCAGAUAGGAAGUCAAUUUAUGGAUUCUGCCUGUGAUAGUCAUUAGGAUGCAAUUAUUCGCAUUGUGUAAUUAUUAAGUCAGCUACAUAUAAAGGACUACUUUUUUGAGGAUCGAGGUCAUAAGCAGAUCGUUGGAUAUACAUAUGCUGAUUGGGCAGGAUUACUUUGUUAUAGACAUUCUACAUCUAUAUAUUGUGUUUUAGUAAGAGUUAAUUUGGGUCUAGGAAGAGUAAGAAACAAAUUGUGGUUGCUUGAUCUAGUGCAGAAGCUUAUGAGUUGAAAUUUUUCCACGACCCCAUUUUUUAGGUCAUGAUGGCACCUACUUCAACCCACCAGUAGGUAAGCCAAGCCAUAACCCAGAACGAUAGGUAACGGUCUAGCAGAUGAAAGGUAAAUGACAACAAGAAAGAAAUCAACAACAACAAUAAGAUAGGGGGAAGCAAAAAGGGUAUGCAUACACAGUACUGUACAAGUAGGGAGGAGGACAAAAUAUACAAAUAAUCCUUCUCAAGACCUGGUAAGGUCGGUACUAAGAGUCACUAAGACCAAAAAGAAGAGUACUAGACAGUAUCUAAAAUAUACAUAUGCACGCAAUAGUCUCGGAGAUACAAAAACUAAUUGAAAUAGACGGAGGAGGAUAAACUCUUGGCUCUAGAAAGCUCACCUUGUAUCUGGAUCAGUAGCACCACCCGAGGGUAAUGUCUGCGUCGAUGGCUUGUACUCAAAUCUGCAUCGGGAAAAUGAUAGAUGCAUAAGUGCAGGAUGAGUACCAAAGCAAUGGGUACUAAGUAAGCAUCAUCGGCCGGUUGAGCUCAAAUAUAAUAAAAGCAUAAAAAUAUAAAGUGCGGGAAUGUAAGUUAAGUCAACAGUAAUAGAGAUAGAAAUGUAAAUAUGGAGCUAUGUUGGGCAAAUGCGAUAAAGUAAAUAUAUAACCCGAAAGUAAAAGCAAAAGACUGCCCCCCAUAAGCCAAGAAGGCGCACACAAGAAGACAAAUAACCCUACCCAGCCCCCAUAAGCCCGGUGGGUGCAAACAAGAGGAAAGCUAAGGUAAGAAGCAUAAAUAACCUUUGAUCGUGACAAUCUUCAGUAACUUUCCAAUCCCAAAUCCAUAAUGAUAGUGUAUACUGGGCUUGAACUGUCACCAAUGGAUAAUAACGAGAGGCCUAGACACCGAGCUCGAACCAGAAAUAAUGGAUAGUAACUAGAAGCCAAAUAAUCCAUAUAAAUUCGUUAGGACUCCUGCACCAGAACCAAGCGCCACUACCAAAACUCCUAGUAACAACCAUAAUCAAUACCAGAAUAACCAGACCGUAGUCAUAGAUUAAUGCCGAAUUCGAACUCGAACUCAUAAUUAACCAACCGUAUCCGCAAUAGAAUAUUCCACAAGGGGCAAACCAUAAAUAGAAACCAAAUGCCAUACUUGUGCCAAAACUCAUGAAAUAUGCCGGACUUGAACUGGAACUGAAAUAUAAGUAUGAAUAUAAAUAUACAUAUAAAUACUCAAGCAUGGAAUAGCAAGCGAAAGUCCAGGGUCUUCAACCUACUCUCAGUACAUUAGUUCACUAAGUUAACUCUCUAGUAACUAACCUACCAAGGUCUAACGGGUUCCCUUCCUAAGUCGAGCAACGCGGGCCUAGGUCAGGUACUAUUCUACCCAAGGAAAGAAACUAAACAAGCGAAUAAUCAGAUGUAAGUCAAUUCCAACCCUAAAUAAUAUCCUAAAGUAAGCGAUCAAGCAUCUAACUAAGCCUAAAGAAGCUUCAUUUUUAUCAGUCUAUCUAAAAAGGGACGGUGGGGCCAUUACGGGUCCCGAUAACCCAACCUAAGGCAGAACCUGCCCGAAUCUAGUCUUAGGUUCCCAAUCCACCUUAAGGCACUAUAAGUACUAAUUCUAGUCCUAAAGGAUGAUAGUACAUUGUACUAAGGGAAAACAAGCCCAGAUUCUACCGAAAAGGGGCCCUAACAGGUUAAAUACGACAAAAAUGCUAAAAACACAAUCGGGCUAAAACUAUCCACCCAAAACUAGCCCAAUAAUAUGCUAAUAUCAUAAUUAAGCCCAAUAUAAAAGAAAGGUAGGCCUGGCCUACCUGGAUGCCAUCAAAUCCUAUGUACUAGAGCUUUUCCCUUCCGAGAAGCCUACCAGAGCUGUCAUGCUAUCAAAAUAAUGAACUAUGCGUCAAAAUGAGAAAAGCAAUACCCAUACUGCGUAUAAAUGGUUCGAGUCAGAAAUCAGAUAAAAAUCCCACAUAGGGCAGCUCGUGGAAUCACAUAAUUGAAGCCGCUACAGCUUCCCACAUAGCUCAAGGAUCAAUUACCAUAUAAAUUUGGCAAAAUUCGAGCUUAAACAACCCUAAAAUCAAUCCGCAGAAGCGAUUACUUAUAAGUUAAUGAUGCUAAAACACUCGCAAUUACUUUCACGAGCUAAAACCUACUUCAAUUAUUGAAUUUCACAAGAUUUCUAGAUUACAAUGGUCUAAAAUGGAGUUUUACACUUGGAACUAAACGGUAAAAAUGAAAGAGAUGAAAUAUUUAUAUAACAUUAGCGAUGGCCGCUAAAACGCCAAGGGUCGCUCAAGUGUCCAGACCUACGCUUGCCGAGCUCCACCAAAGCGUUUUCCAACCGCUAAAGCCGCUACUAUUUAAGCGGCUGCACCAGAUACUUGGCACCAACCAAGUUCAACAAGUCCCAACGGUUUCCGACUGGGUGCUCGGGAUUGGUUCGGAAUUUUGUGCUCGCAAACGAACUAUACUACCAUGCCAAAUUUGACAUUCUAGACUCAACAAUGCCAUCGACAUUUCCAUUCGGGGUCAUUUCGAUAAAAAGUGGGUCCCACACCCCAAAGAGUCGUUUUAGCCAAAUUCUACCUCGUAUCCCAAAACAAGUUUGGAAGCCUCGGGACUCGGACCAAGAGUUUCUCUAGCCUAAAAUCGACAUCUAAGGCCGUUUCCCUGAGGUUUUGACCCGAGAUUCAUUCCUUAACUCCAAAAGCUCCAAAUCAGGGAAAUGACUCUAAAAACCAAAGUACCCGAUAACCAAACUGUCAGUCCCAACAAGUCAUAAAUAACUUGGGGCAAUUGUAGGAAAACUCUAAAUGAGUAAAAAGCACGAAAGUGAAGGAAAUGACCUUGAGGUACAACAUCUACUACUAAAAUGAACUUUCGUUCGCGAAAGAAAAGGGUUAAAAAGUAUUUGAAGGCUCGAACAGGUAGGGAUACAUGGGUUCACAUAUCAUGCUCGGUUUCCCAGGCAUCAUCCUCUAUUGGAUGGGGUCGCCAUUGAACUUUUACUACAAGAAUAUCUCUGGAGCCCAACUUCCUGAUAUUUCUGGCCAAAACAAACUCUUCUAUAAAUGUCAACCUCUCAUCCAACUGAGCUGAGUUCCAUCGAAGUACGUGAGACUCGUCUGGACUAUUGUGCUGCAAUAUGGAUACAUGAAAAACUGGAUGGAUAACUGAAAAAGUUGGAGGCAAAGCCAACUCAUAUGGUACUUCUCUAACUUUUCGCGGGAUCUCAAAUGGUCCAAUGUACUUGGGGACUUAGGUUUUCGCUUCUCCUGAACUUUAUUAUAUCCUUCAUGGGUGAUACUCGUAGGAAGACGCGAUCACCAACUCUGAAUCUCAAGGCACAAGGCACAAAGCUUACUGUUAGCAUAACUCUUUUGCCUGCUCUGAGCUGGUCGUCGCUUAUCCUAAAUCAUCCAAACUCAGUCCAAUGACUCACGAAGCAUAUCUGUAUCACGGGGCGUAACGUCAAAAGUCUCAAACCAACCUAUCGGAGAUCGACAACAACGAGGGCCAUCUGAAUACUUGAAUUGAAGCUGUUAUUAUAAGCAAAACUCUGCCAAAGCUAAAAACUAGUCCCACUGACCUCCAAAAUUCAAAACACAUGCCCGUCAGGCUUGGAUGAAAGGCAGUGCUAAGGUAAACCUAGGUACCCAACUACUCCUGAAAUGUCUCAAACCUCUAACAAAACAUCGAAUCCUCUCUUACUUUAUUGUCAGAAUCAUAGUGGCAUGCUUGACUAGCUCGUGAAAUCUCGCCUCAUACUCGGCCACAGUCACAGAACCCUGUCUCAAUGCAGAAAAAUCAUCCCUAAGGUGCUCGCCCAUGCUGCGAGGUAUGUACUUUCCCAAGAAGGCCUCAAAGAACUGAGUCCAACUCACUGGUAGAGAUCUAGCUGGCUUGGUCAGCUUGGAAUCAAGAUAACCUCUCCACCAUCGCCUCGUUGCUGUGUCUAGCUGAUAGGUAUUAAAUCCCAUCCGUGCGACUCAACCAACCCCAAAUUACGUAGCCUUUCCUCAUAAUUGGUAAGAAACUCAUAAGCAUCAUCCUCUCUUGGGUCCUGGCAAACCUGGAUGGAGUCGAUCUCAACAAUCGACCCAACAUCUUCUGCACAUAUAACUGGCUGAGCUACUACCGUCUGUAGGACUACCGGUGAUGGCAGAAUCUCUGCUCUGGGAGCCGCAGCUGUAGGCUACGCUUCUAAAUCAAUACCAUCCUGUGCUGUUGGCUGAGCUACGUCGGUCGGCGGAUCGCCAACUAACCCUACUAACUGAACCAGUGCAUUAAGGAGAAUCGAAGAUGAUAUAGAUUCCGGUGGGGCCUGGGCUGUCCCCUGGCCCACUUGCUGCUGUGGUGGCAGAAUCUCUUGGGCUAUCUCUGGCUCACGAGAAAUAGUAGGAUCUGGCGAUGACUCCCUAGCCUGAUCUCGAGUUGGGGCUACAAUCUAGCUUGCGCUCGACCUUUGCGUCUAACUGGAGCUCUAGGAGCAGGUUCGGGGUCCUAAUCGACAGUCGUACCCUGAGACCUUACCAUCUACGAAAGAGUGAAGUAAGAAUUUAGAAACCAAUACAAUACAGACACAACGCACGAAAGUGAAUAAAAAAGAUGAGGUAUUCUUAAAAAUGUCCUGUAGCUUCCCAAAAGUAGGAUACAAACGUCUCAGUACCGAUCCACAGGACGGGACUACUCUUGUACCAACGAUACCGGUGAAACCUAGGCUCUGAUACCAAUCUGCCACAACUUCUUAGGUCAUGAUGAUACCUAUUUCAACCCACCAGUAGGUAAGCCAAGCCAUAGCCCGGAACGACAAGUAACGAGCUAACAUACGGAAGGUAAAGGGCAACUAGAAAGAAAUCAAAAAUAACAAUAAGAUUGGGGGAAGCAGAAAGGGUACGCGUACACAAUACUGUACAAGUGAUGGAAGAGGGCAAAAUACACAAAAUAAUCCCUUCCAAGAACUAGAGAGGUCGGUACUAAGAGCCACUAAGACCAAAACGAGGAGUACUAGACAAUAUCCAAAAUAUACAUAUGCACAUAGUAGUUUCGAAGAUGCAAAAGAUUGUAAUUGAAGUAGAUGGAGGAGGAUCAACUCCGAACUCUAGAAAGCUUACCCCAUCUCCAGAUCAGUAGCAAGGACCGAGGGUAACAUCAGCAUCAAUGGCUCGUACUUAAAUCUGCCUCAAGAAAAAGCUGUAGAAGUGCAGUUUGAGUACCAAAGCAAUAGGUACUCAGUAGGUAUUAUCGGCCAACUAAGCUCAAAUAUAACCAAAGCAUAAAUGUUAAGUGCGAGAGUGUAAGCUAAGACAACGGUGACAAGAUAAAAAUGUAAAUAUUGAGCUAUGCUGGGCAAAUGCGAUAAAGGAAAUAUAUAACCUAUAAGUAAAAGCAAAAGAUUAACUACAACCUAAUGGGCCCCCCUAAGCCAAGAAGACGUACACAAAAAGACAAAUAAUCCUACCGAGCCCCCAUAAACCUGGUGGGUGCAAACAAAAGGAAAAAUACGGUAAGAAACAUAAAUAACCUUUAGUCGUGACAAUCUCCGGUAACUUUCCAGUCUCAGAUUCAUAAUGAUACUGUAUACCGGGCUUGAAUCGGCACCGGUGGAUAAUAACGAGAGGCCAGACACUUGGCUUAAACCGGAAAUAGUGGAUAGUAACCACAGUUCAAAUAAUCCAUAUAAAUCUGUUAUAACUCCGUACCAAAACCAAGCGCCACUACCAAAACUCCUAGUAACAACCAUAAUCAAUACCAGAAUAACCAGACCGUAGUCAUAGACUGAUGUCGGAUUCGAACCGGAACUCAUAAGUAACCAACCGUAUCCGCAAUAGAUGAUUUUAAAAGGGGCAAACCAUAAUUAGAAUUCAACUGCCAUACCCGUGCUAGAACUCAUUAAUGUAGCAAAUAGAGCAUAUGCUGGACUUGAACCGGAACUGAAAUAUAACUAUAUAUAAAUAUAUAUAUAACUGUAUAUAUAUAACUGUAUAUAUAUAUAUAUAUAUAUAUAUAUAUAUAUUUAGAUCACUAAGUUAACUCUCUAGUUACUAAACCUACCAAGGUCCAACGGUUCCCUUCCUAAGUCAAAGCAGAGCGGGCCUAGGUCAGUACUGUUAUACCUACGAAAAAAAGCAAAACAGGCGAAUAAUCAGGUCUAAGUCAAUCCCAAGCCCAAGUAAUAGUCUAAAGUAGCUUAUCAAGCGUCUAACUAAGCCUAAAGGAGCUUUAUUUCUAUCAUUUUAUUUUAAAAGGGACGGUGGUUCCACUUACAGGGCCCACCAUCCUAACUCAGAACAUGCUCAAAUCUAGUCUAAGGCUUCCCGAUCCCAUUCCAAGGUACUAUAAGUACUAAUUCUAGUCCUAAUGAUGAUACAUUAUACUAAGGGGAAACAAGCCCAGAUUCUACUGGAAAGGGGCCCUAACCGGCUAAAUACGACUGUAAAAAUGCUAAAAACAUAAUCGGGCUAAAACUACCCACUCGAAACUAGCACAUUAAUACACUAAUAUCAUAAUUAAGCCCAAUCUAAAAGAAAGGUAAGUGUAGCCUAUCUGGACGCAGUUGAAGGCUCGUCGAAGCCUUCGAGAGCUGCCAUGCUAUCAAAUCAAUGAUCUAUGCAUCAAAAUGAGAAAAUUGAUACCCAUACUGCGUAUGAACGCUUCACGUCAGAAAUUUGUCACGACCCGAGGCUACCCCCUAGUCGCGACAACGGUGCUUACUGUCACAAGUAACCACAAACUAAACCAUGAGCUGUUACCUGCUGUAAGCACCGAAUAAAGUAACAAAAUACAUAUGUGCGGAAGUAAACUUGCAACGCCAUAAGAUUUAAAUACUGAAAAUAUGAUGUAAAUCAUAAGUCUGAUCGUCUGAAGAUAUACUAAAAAGACUGAUAAAACAACUGAUAAAUUGACUAACUGUCUGAAUGUAUGAAAAACAUCUGAAAGCCUCUAAACUGACUGAAGAGUUGAUGGGACAGCCCCAACUAACUUCGAACUGAACUGAAAGACGGAAAUACUGGAAUAACAUAAUAGGUCCUCGACAUAUGAGGACUCACCACAACUGCUGCUGCUGAUAAGCUGCACUGUCUAAGCGCGGUCAGGAAACUGAGCGUCCGAACCUAUGAUAUAAGACAUCAUAGCGCGAAGAAAGUAUGCGGUCAUUACUUUGAAUGUACUGGUAUAUAAGAUGAGGUUAGACUAUAAUGCAUAGGUUAAGUGUGCAUGAAAUACUGACCGGCUGAAUAGCAUGAGAUAACCGAUGCAUAAAUGCGUGAAAGCUGUAAAAUCUGAGAAUGCAUGACCAAGCAUAUAAUAUGAUACUGAAAUAGUCCGUAAACUGAAAUACUGAAAUCUGGUAAUUGAAUAACUGAUAAACUCUAAGCUAUGGUCAAGCAAACCCGAACUGAAUUUUGUACAGAAUACUGAAUUGAGACUGUGGGAGGUAUCAUUUAACCUACAUGCCCCAAUCUGAGCUAAGUGGAAUCCAACCUUUAACCCCGGUUGGAAGUUGGAAGGGUGUCAGUAUCGUGCCACGGGUACUAACGCAUGGCUGUGUGGAUCCACUCAACUAGUGUCCCGAAGUCGGUCUUAAACUGGCAGAUGGCCCUUAAGAGAAUGUCGGUUAUAAACUUGUGGGUGACAUUUUAGAGAAUGUCAGUCCUAAACUGGCGGGUGAUAUCUCAUAAUCAUACGCUGGCUGCGUAGUUCUGGAACUUAGGGACUGCUUCUAAGGACCCAGUCCUAUCUGACGGGUGAGCCCCCAUCCCUAGGUUCGCUCGGUGCUAGAUCCUACUCCCAACUGAACUGACACUGUUUACUGGACUUAACUUAACUUAACUGAACAACCAACUGAUCAUAGACUGAAUGACAACGCUCAUGGUUUAUCUGAAACCGUUCUGAAGGUAUUGCAAUUAUGUAAAUUGCUAAGUAUCGGGUGUUCAUAACCCUCUAGCACUAAAUGAGAAUAACAAUAAAGGCAUGUAAAAGCUUCGAAAAACCAUAAUGGGGAAUCAUUCUACAAAGGAAUUGAACUACUAAAUUAAGUGAAAAUUGAAGCGAUCACUUACGAGUUUAUGAUGCUAAAACACUCACAAUUACUUUCACAAGCCAAAACCAGCUUCAAUUAUUGAAUUUCCACACGAGUUUGAGCUUGCAAGGGUCUAUAAUGGAGGUUUACACUUGGAACUAAAAAAUGAAAAUGAAAGAGAUGAAAUAUUUUUAACACCAGCGAUGGCUGCUAAAACGCUCCAGGGUUGCUUAAACGACCAGUCCUAGGCUGGCAAGGCAUUGCUAAAGCGGCUACCGCUUAAGCGGUCCUUUGGCCACUUAAGCAGCUGCACCUGAUACGUGGCACCAACCAAGUUCAACAAUUCCCAAUGGACUCUUACUGGGUGCUCGGAAUUGGUUCGGAAUGCCGUGCUGGUAAACGAACUAAGCUACCCUACCAAAUUCGAAAUUUCGGACUAAUGGCCCCAUCAAAAUUUUCACCCUGGGUCAUUUCGAUAAGAAGUGGGCCCCAUAUCCCAAAGAGCCAUUUUAGCAAAAUUCCACCCUAUGCCCCAAGACGAGUUCGAAAGCCUCGAAACUCGGAUCAAGGGUUUUCCUAGCCUAAAAUUGACAUUUGGGAGCUGAUGAGACUGUUAGAAAUGGCAUCCGAGGCCGUUUACCUGAGGUUUUGGCCCGAGACCCAUUCCUUAACUUCAAAAGCUCCAAAACAGGGAAACGACUCUAAAACCAAAUGAACUGCUUGGUAACCAAACUAUCAGUACCAACAAGUCAUAAAUGACUUAGGGCAGCAAUAUGAAAUGUCUAAAUGCAGUCAUAAACUAUCAGUACCAACAAGUCAUUACGAAUUUGGAGAAAUCAGUCAAAUGAAACUUGUGUGUGAUAACCAAGCGGCUCUUUAUAUCGCAUCAACUCUGGUAUUUCAUGAGAAGUAUAAGCACAUUGAGAUUGAUGAAUUGUACAGUAGGACCUCAAUUACAUAUGCUCAUUAGUGAAUUGACCAAACUGCUUUGCCUGCCUUCAUUUCUUUUGCUGCUUUGAUAGUUUAUGUUCUCACUCUUUUUCUUCAUCCUACGCCAUCUAUGUAGCUUUUCCUCUCUCUUGUUAAUCUGUUCGACGGUUCCUUAUUUUCAUCUAAGCUUUUCCCAUCUCUUUUCUCCCCUUUGCUUCACCAAUAUCAACUGUGGAACUGGUGGCUUCAUGGGUAAUAAUCAUUUCUCUUAUGCACGUCAAUGAUUUAGAUUGUAUCAUUCUUGUGUUGCUAUUCCCUCCAAUUCUAGAACAGUAGCCUUAUCACACACACACACACACAAAAAAAAAAAAAAACAAUGAAACACUCUAUUGUAUCAAGUUGUCCGGUUUAGGAUCUUUUUUCCCACAAAUGGUAUUGUAUGGUUCAUUUAUUUCAUCUUUUAAGCAGCCAGUUAUAUACUCACACAAACUCACACAAGUGAAAUGGGUGGGUUAGCAUCAGGGAUUAAUGGGUUGGAUUUCAAAAUGUUGAGUUCAGGGUUAUACACUUAAGAAGCAACACCGGCCUUCGAGUUCAAGAAGUAUAUGCCAUUCUGUUUAUGAAGUGAUUAGAGCUUAUGCUGUGUUGCUAUUGUUUUGUCACAUCAGUUCUGUUGGAUGU